AUGCCCAUAUAUUAUAUAAAAUCACAAGAAUUCUUUUAUUGUUAUUAUUAUUAUUAUUAUUUUUUAAUAUGAAUAUUAUUAAAAUCCAUUUGAAAGUACAAGUAGACUAUUUGAUUUAGAGCCCCGAAAAAAAGUAAAAAAAGAAGACCCAACUGACAACUUGGACUCGAUUACAAUAAUUAUCCGUAUGUAAUCGAUACACGUUAUCAUUAUUUUUUCAAGAAAAAAAAAAAAAGAAAGUAAAACGACAAAGUCAAAAACUUAUUGUGGUAGCAUCCGCACCUAAUAGAACCUUCAUUUGAGCAUAUGCACUAUCAUCACCACCAUCGACGCCAUCUCUUUCUACGGUCAGCGCCUCAAAAAGAAUCAACAUAUUGAAAUAGCACUGCUGGGCUCUCUUCUCUACGGAUGAGAACUCUAGAAAGAGAGAGAGAGAGAAAAAGAGAGAUUCUCGAAUGGAAGAUUUCAGAUCCAAUUCAUGUAACGAUGGAAGAAUGCAAAUUCAAAGCUACCAUGGCCCCAGUUCAUUACGAUCAUCUUCAGGUGUCAAUAGCAUGCAAGAUCUCAGAUGUUACAGUGCAUCCUAUGCAUCUUCUGUGCACCCAACGCAAACCCAGAUGGGAAAUAAUGAUGUAAAGUUCAAAAAAGGGAAGUCCACAAAUGGGUCAGUCUCAAAGAGCUGGAGUUUCAAUGAUCCAGAGUUGCAAAGGAAAAAGAGAGUUGCUAGCUACAAGGUUUACACUGUUGAAGGCAAAGUCAAAGGGUCCUUUAAGAAGAGUUUUAGGUGGCUUAAGGACAGGUAUACUAGAGUGGUUCAUGGCUGGUGGUGACUCGCUAUUUUUUUCUAAUUUUAAUGUUCUAUUGCUUACAAAUAUAUUGUUCUUUUGGGAUUUUAAGUUGUGUACUGUAUUUCUGAUUUUUAAGUGUAUGAUAAGUUCAUAGCAUGAAAAUUCUUAAAUUGGUUCUGAAAAUGAAUACUCCUUUUGUCUA